AUGGCGCAAAGUUUGGGAAAGAGAGAGCGAAGAAAGAGUUUGGGCUCGUUCGGCCCGCUGUCGACGACCUCGACUCCCGGUCCGAUCCCGCUUGACCGAUCUACGACACACGAGACGAAUGUUCUGAAAAAGAAACAGCGGCGCAAUUCCGGGUUUUUUGGGGGCCGGAACCCCAGCCCAGCGAGAGCAUCCACAGGUCUCCUCGACCCGGUAACCGCAGGCCCAGCCAGGGUGACCACUUCACCCGCCCUCGAUGGGGCGCGAACUCGCCGAAAGUCACUACAAAAGAGACGGAAUUCAGUGUUCGGCUCUCUCCGGUCGCUUCAAUCACUCGACGAUGAUGACCCGAAUCGGCGUUCUGUUGACAGCGAGGAAGGGAAUGGGGUCGGAUCAAUUAUCUUACAUCAUGGAGAGAUCCAGAUUACUGGCGGGGUAUGGAGGAAGAAGAGCCAGUACUUGGUUCUUACAGAUACGCACAUCGUCCGGUUCAAAAACAUGAACAAAGCGCUGGAAACGUUCCCGUCAAUUCCCCCGUCAAUGGCUCGAGCAGCCGGAAACCGACAGUCAAUUGCCUCGAUCAGCUCUCUGCAAGAUCCGCAGCUUUCCGCCAUGGGUGAUGCUUCCGCUGGUAUUCCUCUAAACAGUAUUGUUGCCGUCUACAUGCUCGACGAUGGAAAACCUUCGUCUUCGGUAGAGGUAGCAUACAUGGAUGAGCGGACGCAGAAAACCACGUUCAUUCAGAUGCAAACCCCGGAUCCCCAGGAGCUCAAUCUGUGGAUGGUUGGAGUUCGAUCUGCGGCUGAAAUGUCUCGCAACAACGCUCCUAUGCCCUUUGACCCAAGGGCAUUGGACUGCGUAACCAGGAUGUUGGAACACGAGCGCGACUACGACCCAGAGACCUUCCGCAUGUUCCGAGUCAUCCAGAUGGCUUCCAGCAAGUCCCCGACGCGGGCGUCGUCGGACGAGCUUACCAAGCUGUCGCCAAGCGGAUGUUAUCUCGCCCUCGGAAUGCACAAGCUCCAUCUCGUUUCCUUGCAAAGAACUACUAACCGUGGCUCUGCUGUGUCUCUGACCGACCUCGACACCGCAGGUUCUUUCGGCCUCAUGAACUUGACCAGUCUGUCCAUGGAGUGGGGCGACGAUAGUCUGCACUUGACUUUCCGAAUUCCUCUUCAGAAGUCAUGUUCGAUAUUCGUGGCGUCAGUCCACUCGUUGGAGAUCGCCUACUGGAUCAGACAACAGACGGAGUUCCUGCGCCCACUGUGGCUCAAGCAACCGUAUGACUUUAUUGUGCCCCGCGAUCUGAACAACGAAAGCAACUUCCCCCCAGUGUGUCUUGACGAGGACUAUGGCUGUUUCGACCGAACAUUGGUCGCCCACUGCGCUAGCUACGGCCUCGACACUUCCAACAUCCGAUACACUAUUGAUACCGAAUGCGAUGAUGCGCCCUGCUUCAAAUUGCUACGUCCUGCUUCGCCUCGAAGAAGUAAAUAUACGGCCUUGGAAUUGAUCGCGCUCAUGCGAACACUGAGGUAUAACGAGUCGUUUCGGUCCAUCUCUUUCAGCGGAGUCAGCUUGGAUGCAAUUCAAGUGCUGCGAGAUCCCAACGGGAGUGAUAAAGAUGCGCUACUUACCCGUGCAGAUGCACAAAUUCACAUCCCGGGACAAGAAAAUCUGUCAGUUCUCUCACAAGAAGUCCGCGCACUAAGUUUGAAAAGCAAGUGGCUUCGUCGUCUAGACUUUUCAUAUACCCUUAGCAGAACGCCCAAGUCCGACAGUGACAGCCAUGACCCAGGGUGCGGGAUCCCAGAAGCUAUCUUUCCUAUCUGUCGGCGUGAGCUCACAAAUGUUGACUGGAUUGUUCUGAAUGGGAUCAAACUCGGAGACUCUGAUCUUGACUAUCUCGUCGAUGCUGCCUCCCAGCGCAGUAGUCAUUUUCGAGCGCUUGAAGUGGGAAAUUGCGGUUUAUCUGUCCAUGAAAUCGACCUGCUUCUUUCAACAACAAUUGCCCAAGUAUCAACUCUUGAGGCCAUUAAUAUCUCUGGCAUACAGGGCCGGAUAAAACCAGAUAUGCUGCAACAGUACCUUGGUUACUUCGGCCAAGUCAAGAGGCUUGAUUUAUCACGCAUCUCGAGGACCUCAGACCCCGAGCCUCUCAUUCCAGCUCAAGUCCUGUUUAACUGGCGACUCGAAGAGCUUUCGCUAAGCCAAACCCAGGUCAACAGGGAGACAGUCGAUGCUAUCGCCACAUACCUCGCAAGUGACCGUUCUGAGUGCUUACGGACUAUCCGACUCGAUCAAUGCGGCCUCACCGGGCAGGAUGUGGCCAUCUUCCUUCACUCAUUGGCGGCGCUGCAGCAUGGCCGUGAUCUCCAUCUCCACGUGAACGACAACCGACUAGACCUUGGUUGCUCCUACCUCUGCGAUGCCAUCGCUCAAGGUAAAACGCCAUCUCAUUUGUCGAUGAGGAUGAUCGAUUUCAAGAAGGAGCAGCAAUUUCAGAAUCUAGUCGAGGCAUUGCGCCGGAAUCGUUCACUGAAAUACCUUGAUAUCUCAAAGGCGUCUCUUCCGUACGACGCCGGCCUGGAGACGUCAAAGUCACUGCAACUGAUGUUUGAAGAGAAUGAUACCUUGGAGGACCUGGACAUCAGCGGCGACAAUGCACACCUGGAUGUAGCGCGGUUCGGAAUUGGCCUCAACCUGGCUCUGACUGGCCUGAAGAAAAACAACUCGCUCAAGGUUCUGAGAAUUGAGCACCAGAAACUCGGACUGCAAGGCGCAAACACUUUGGCUUCCGUGCUGGAGAACAAUACCAGUCUUCUUGAGGUCUAUUGUGAAAACAAUGAUAUCAAUCUGCAAUCGUUUACAGUACUUGUCAAUGGGCUACAGAAGAAUCGAUCUUUGCUAAGCUUGUCGUGUAUGGACCGCGAUAGAGCCCGGUCACUUGACAAGGUACGCCGGGAAAUCGCGAAUGUUAAACGGGACUUGAAUCACACCCAACCCUCGGCAACAGGUUCAUUACGCCGGUCAUUACAUGCUGCGAUGAACGUCAAACAUAUAUCUGUCAAUAGCAAAUUUGCCAAGCAUUCACGUUCUUAUGGUCAUAUUCGUGCCACUGCAAGCUCACUUUCGGCUGUUGAGAGCUCUAAACCACCCGUGGACGACCAGGUCGAGGCUAUCUUGCAGUCGUUGGGCUCGAAAUGGGACGCAGAAGUCUCUCGUUUGCGUCGAUACCUUUUCAGGAAUUUCAACCUGGUUAAUCGUAUCGACAGGGUCGAGACCGAUUUUGCCGCUGACGACGCCGAAAGCGACGGACGACCGGCGACCGCUGCCAGCCUCGGGACUAUGCUAGAGCAGCUUAAGCUCGAUGUGACGCUUUCUACGAAUGAGGUACCAGAGCCCAACCUCCAGACGCCGCCGCAAACUGCGCCGCAGCCCACAAUAGCAGACCAAAGUCCACAUCUGGAGAUAUUCCAAAGCCUUGAUGUGGAGAGCGGGCUGGACGAUGAACUCCAGAAAUCACCGUACCUGUCAUCGAACUCAGAGGUCGCUUCUCAGAUCUUCUCGUCGGACUACAGCCUAUCGAACUCUCGCUCUGCACUUCCAGUCCCUGUCAUGCCAUCCACGGUGAGCAAAACAACCAGUGUUCGCAGUGCCCGUAGUUCGAGCACCGUCUCCACGAGCACCGGAACGGGCGCAAGCGCAAGGAGCACUUAUGGAGCCGCUUCCUCGACGCUGAGAGGAUUUCUUUCUUCGAGAGAACGAAAAAAGAUGGAGGCCAUGAACGGAACGGUGUGUGUUGUUGAGGAUAGACCGCCGACUCUGGAUUGGUCACCUCCCCGUUUUGACCUCGGAGAACUUCAUUAA